AUGAAGCUUUUGGUGCUGUUCGUAUUGCCUUUGGCGUUAGUUUAUGUCGGUGCAGAAAGGGAAAUAGACAACGUGGCGAGCGUAAACCAAAACCAGCAAAUGAAACCGCUGAACAGCAAGAAGGAGAAGCGUGGUAUUUUCGGUCCUAGCGUCUAUGCUCCAGCUGCUUCCGUGUAUGGACACGCUUUUGCACAUCCCGUACAUCAGCAUCUGUUCCCUGCGACCGACCCUUUAGCCCCGGUGGCAUUAGCUGCUCCUGCCCUUCCGGCCCUAGCUGGUCCGUACUUGGGCGCACACGCCCACACGCACACGGUUGUUACCAAGAAAAUUGGAAUUCCUAUUCCAGCCCCGUACGCGGUGCCGGUGGAAAAACCGUACCCAGUGCCGGUUAAAGUUCAUGUACCAGUUCCGAUUGAUCGACCGUACCCGGUGGCCAUCCCGAGACCGUAUGCAGUUCCGGUAGAGAAACCGUAUCCAGUUCCCGUGGACCGACCGUACCCGGUUGCGGUGCCACAUCCCGUGCCAGUGCCGGUCAUCAAGCACGUUGGCUAUCCGGUUCCUGCACCUGUGCCCGUGGCCAUUCCAAAGCCCGUCCCAGUCCCGGUGCAUACUCCAUACGUCGUGGAAAAGCCCGUUGUCGCUGCUGUUGACCCUUGGGCCACUGCCAAGCUAUGGUAA